AUGAAGUCUUCGGAAGACAGUUUCGCAUCCAGAGCUUCUUUGGAGGCUAGGAAAAAAUGCGCCCAAGAAGCCCGAAUUCUUUUCACCGACGCUUGCCGGAUUUGCAAUCGGCCGGUUUGGAGAAAUUUUUCGGGAAAAUCAAUUAAAUUUUCGAUAUUUUAGAAGUGCAGCGCCCGUUCCAAACAUGCUGUUGUGUUGGUUUGAAAAUUCGAAUUAAUAGAAAAAAGAGGAAUUUCAGCCUAAGAAGUUGGAGGGGAUUUUCUUGUGCAGGGAAUUCAUCUCGAUCACUUCGCCACAAGCUUCUUUUGACCUGAUUUUGCGUGUCAGCGAUGUUUCGACCCUCACUGAAAAGGUGAGAUCCAUUUUCCAGCCUUUGAUAACUGAAAAAAUACCUUGGCAUACGGUAGGGUUCGAAAUGUGCACACACCGAAGACGGUUUUUGGGCGAUGUCUUUAUUAAUAACGAGUUUUUUGUACAAAAAAGGACACAGUUUGAGAAAAAUACAACUAGAAAAUUCAAAGAUACAUAUUUUGUUUUAACAACUAUAUUUUUACAUCUUAACCAACUAAUUCAAGUCUAAUUUGAGUAAUUCGUUCUUUAGUAAGUGAAAAGUCGUAUUUUCUAUAAUUUUUCAUCAUUAAAUGUCGAAAAAAGCCGUUUUGUUUUAUUAAAUCGAAAAAAUGGUCUAUUAUGGCCAGCGGAGGCGGCGCAGUGGAAACCGAACAUGUCCCUGUAGGUCUGAGCUGGAACACGGGAAAAGUCCCAACAACCUGAAAAAGAAAAGUCUAGAGCUCCUUUUGGAGUUCCUAAAAAAGUGACAGAAGUUUCUCGAAAUCUCCUUUUUUCACAUUUUUCCGCCUCCCACUUUUUUUUUCAUAAAAAAAGGUUUCUUUCAUGUCCUUCACGUAUGAAAUGAAAUUUGCAUAAAGAAUCUGGGAUUCUUCCAAGGACCCAAUACACUGAACGCCUUUUUGUUUCUUUUUUCAAUUAGGAGAAAAGACUUCCUGCCACUAUCCUAUCCAGUUCAGAUCAAGAAGAUAAUUCACUUAUUUUUUUGAUUUGAAAGAAGAUUUAGAGCUGAAGAUUUACUCAGAAAUCAGUAAAAUUUGAAGAUCUAUAAAGUUCGAAAAAAAGUAGCUCAAAAAUUUUUCUUUUUCUUGGAAUCUUUUUUAACAUAAAUUUAUGUUUCAAAUCUAAAACUUAUCGUAAUUGUUAAUUUUUUUCGAUAGUACGUGAGGCCACAAUGAAUGGGAUGCAAUAAAAUAUUUCCAAAUUUUUUUCUUUCAAAGUAAGUUUAUUUUUAAAAAUUCUAUGAUCUUCUUUUUCAAUGAUUUCAUUUUUUUCGAUCAUCACGAGAAAAAUUUUUUUCGUUAAAUUUAUAUUCGAGACCUUCACUGUUUCAUUUUGAAGUUUCUGAUAAAGACCCCAACAUUGUUUAGGUAGACAGUAAAAAAUAUAAUAAUAUUUUUGGAACAAAGGCUGUUUGGCUUACAGGAACCGGUCUUAACGGUUCAACAGUCCCUCGUCGGCGAGACUGGUCUCAUCCGGAAGAACUUCAAGAAUCAGGAAAAAGUGACGAUCACCUACAAGUCCGAGGAGGAGGUGGGGAUGUACAAAAAGAAAAUUAAUAACUUCAAAAAAACAUUUUUAAAAAAAGCUGUUCUUUUUGGUGAUUUCAGGCUUAGCGAAACCUACUACCUUUCCUCAAAAGACUGUUAUAGUUAUUUACUGCCAUAUUCGAAGAAUUUUCCAGUCCAAAUUUUUAAAUUGGUUUUGAAAAUUAACUUGAAUCCAGAACUAUGGUAGAAGUUCAAAGAGUUUCUAGAACUUCAGAAACAUGAGAAUAGGAACAAAAAUAACAAUUUGAAUCCGGUUGAAAAAGCCAAAAAGCUUUCAAAAAAAGUUUGAACUGAACGAAUUUAAAGCGUUACCUCUGCGGAUGACUUAACGCCUCCGCCUUCUUUGGAACGUCAAGUUCCGACAAAAGAACUUCGAGAACUUCAAAUGAAGUUCUCGAAGUUCUGAGAUCGAGAGAAUUUAAGGUGAGACUCGACAGUAUCCAACUCACCUUCAAGGAACUCUACAUGAGUCGAGCCGACAUGUGGCGCUACAGAAACAAAUUGAUCGACACCUGUGCUUAUCAGGAUAUUCAGGUAGGGAAUUACCUGAGUAAUCCGCCUUUUGAAACGAGGAAGAGACAUUCAAAUCAAGGAGAGUUCAGGAAUAUGAGAAGCAAAACGAUGGAUUAGCAUAUUCAAAGCUCUUCUUUUGUCUUUUGAGAAAGUUUAUCUUCAGCCUGUCAAAAACUAGGAAACGGAUCUGAAACGGUUUUUUUCUCAUUCAUUUCUUCUGAAAGAAAACAAAAAUCAAAAAUUUCAUGAUAUCUUCAUUGUUUUUUCGGUUCUUUUUCAAGUAUUACAUUUUGAGACAGGAAAAUUUGAUUCAUCAAGGACUUUGCAAGAUUUUCGGAAGCUUGUUCAAUCAAAUUUUUCAGUUGCGACACUUUAAUAUCAAUACGAAGAUUUCGGAUCUUUGGAAAGGUGGAAAUUUGGUCAGAAGUGGAUAUGUUUCCCCGAAAACGCGUGUCGUAUUCCGGUCCAGCUCCAGCACGGUUUUUCAUUCAAGUUAAGUCAAGUAUCGAUUUUUGAGUUCUUCAGGUUUUGAUAUACGUCCAAAUGUGCCUGGAAAUGUGGCAACUGGACCCUCAAGGCGACUUGUAUUACGAGAAAUGUGUCAAAGGUACAUGGAACUGAAGAAAAAUGAUCAUUUCUCGGUUUUCAAGGAUUUCUGAGCGAACUUUUUGAAAGAUGGAAAGCCAACACGUGCUCUCAUUACGUUUCUAUCAUUCUCUGCUCUCGAUUCUAUGCGGUUUCUCUAGAUAUAAUUUAUUUUUUUAAAAAUACAUGAAAAAUAAAUUUUUAGAUGGAAGGAGUUGAUAAAAAAAGGUGAAAAGACUUUUGGCUGGAUCUUGUGAUCAUCGAGGUCGAUAUUAUCAGGUUUUGAAUAAACCUCCAAAAAGUACAUUGAAACAUUUUUUCUAGGAUUUUUUCAAGCUUUCUGAUCCAAAACGAGCAUUACGAUGAUUGGAGUCAUGUUUUGGGAAAGGUCAGUUUGAAAAUUCGAAAAAAUGAGAAAUUUUCGUGUUUUUAGAGGUAGGAUUAGGAAAGAGAUCAAUUUCGGCCUGAAGAGACGCCAGAGAAGAAAAGUAAUUAUUUUUCUCUGGCGUCUCUUCAGUUUCCGUUGUGUUUUUUCGCUCUAGAUAUUUAUCAAAAUUUAUAAAAAUUUCCGAUUUUUUGUUUUUGAUAAGUCUUGUAAAGAAGUUCGGUUUCAGAUCAGACUUCGGUUCAACAGUCAUCAGAUGGAAAUUGAACAAUAUUUACGCCAAAGUUUUCCAACUGUAACGUGAGGACUCACGAAAUCCAUCCGAUCCAAGAUUUCUCCUGUUCAGUUUCGGAAUUUCGAGCGCAGCCGACGGCAAUUAUUUGCAAGCGUUGAACAUGAGCAUGAACUCGUUCAGCGUCUAUCACAAUGAUCGACGUUUUGAGACCACCGGCCAACAGGUCUGCCUUCCUUUUUUCUUGUUUUUGUCCUUGGUGUAAGCUCUGUCAGUUCAUUUCAACACCGGGAAACGGAAAAAGCUCCUUAGAAGGUUCUUUCAAAGAAAGAGCUUCUGAGGGUCCUCAUUAUAAACUUUGUAAAAGGAACAUCAAAAUGAUAAUUUAAUCCGAAAAAGUCGGAAAUUUUUCUACGAAGGAAACGGAAAGUUCAUCGUUGAAAAGUUUGCUAAAUUUCAAUUCGAACCAUCUUGUUUUUGUAUAAGUCUAUCUAUAUUUUGAAUGUCAAAUUGAAUGACUUCACUCGAAAACGCUCUCUGAUUGGUUUAUCACGUCAUUAAAGGCGGAGCUUGAGCGCCCGACUUGACGUUCAAAAUCUGAACAGACUGUGGUUGUCUUUUUUUAAGAUUCUAUCCGUUGCAAUUUCAAGACGAUAAAAUCCUAAAUUCUUCAGAUCAUUUUCGUGACUCCUGGAAACGGUGUUCUGCACGUGGAUCGGGACCUCGUCAGUCUGACGAAGCAACGUCUGAUCGACAUGGGAAUCUCCUUGGAUAUGGUCCCUUCCAGCCGAUUUCCCCCGGACUUACCAAGACCCCUAGGUGUGUCUCGGAGAACAGCCUCUGCACGCGGUCCCUCUCUUCGUGUUCCACCCCAUCAUCGGCCAUGGCGACGAAUGCGACUACUUCAUUCCCCACUGGAUGAACUAUUCCUAUUACAAAAUGGAGCGUCGCAGUGCAAUAUCCGUCCAAUUUCGGCCGAGAAUUCAGCUUCCCAGCGAUGUUUUGGUGGGAUUUUUUGAAGCUAUAGGUGGCAUUUUUUUUCGGUUCGACUUGGAUUUUCAAAGCUCGAAACACAAUUUUUGCUUUGUAUUAGCGAAUUUUCUCAGCAGUAGCCUUGCAGUCGUUCCAACUGCGACCAAAAAUUUUGAUUCAAAAUGAUAGAUUUAUUAAAAAAAUAAAAUGAAAAAAACAAAUAGUUGAACAAUUGCUUCACAAUAAUUGAAAACAUUUUAUGAAUAUUCAGGUUUUUUUUUUUUUCAUUUGCCACAGCUCGAAAAAUCGGACUUCCCUCUAUUUUUUUACAACAUUUCCAUAAUAAACUUCAUUUAGCCUUGCCGGUGAGAGAAAAGAGAACGCAGAAAUAACAGACCUUUUCAAAUGGCGAAAAACGAAGUAUAUUUUCAAAUUUCCUCGAAAUUGUGUAUUCGUAAGAAUCCUAGUGAGAAAAAUUUAAAAAUUACCCCAGGUAAUAAAAAAAAAUUUCUUGACCCACUGAUAUUUUGCAAUUUUCCCCAACUAUAUUUUCUGUACCGGUAGAAGUUUUUUUCAGUCGGCUCAAAAAGGCAUGAACAUGGAACAACGAAUGAUUCCACUCAACGAGAUCGAAGAAUACGACAAAAAGAAGUACGACAGGGUGAUCGGACCGGCGAUGAAUCCGUCCAGAGUCACGGAUCCAAAAGCGGAGCCGGCGCUGAGUCGCGUCGACGCCAUGCGAAAAGAGCUCAACUUGCCUUUCAAUGGACCCAUGUUCUCCUCUUUGUACUCCAAUGAUGGAAUCGCACCUUAUCAGAGGGUGAGUGAGAGUUGAAGAUUUGAAAGAUAGAAGGAUAUCCAGCAAUAAAAGAAACCUCGAGUAUGGUCCGAAAAGUAACCUAGUAGAUACAGCCGUUCUAAAUUAUAUGAGUUAAGAUUAUUGAGUGCCUUCUCAGGCUGAUUUUAUAAUAAAGAAGUUCAUAAGACGACUUUUCCAAAAAAGCUUGGAAACCCGGUGAAAAUACGUUACAUCGCAAAGUUAAGAGAACGAUUUUUCUAUCUUCUUAUUAUUGUUAUGUUUGUCAGUUUUCUCCAAAAUAUUUACAAUCUAUUGGAUAAAGUUCCUCAAGUCACUGCAAUCAGAAUUCAUUCGAAAAUAGAAGAGUUAAUUUGAAAUUUAUUAUCAUUUUAAUGCUGGAAGCUUAGAGUAAGGUUUUUAAUAGAUCAAUGUAAUCUAGCGCUUGUUUAAAAAAAAUCAUAAUUGGGAACGAAAUUUGACGAAUAAUGAGAAAAACCUGCGCUUUAAAAUGUUAUAGUCAGUGUGCCACGAUUUGAAAUUUUACAUUCCGCUGUUCCGCUGCGUGCGUUCACGAAGCGUCUUUCGAAUCUAGGCAACGUUUUCAAUUGAUUAUUAUUGCUGUGAGAGCACAUGAAAGUAGAGUACCUUAAUGAAAGUAAAAAAAAAAAUUAGAGCACGACCAAGGUUCGCAAAGGCGCGCAGCGGCACAGCGGAAUGUCGUUUGGUGAAAAUUUUUUUUUUCUUUAUCUUCAAAGACUCUUUUCUUAUUAUUCUGCUAUUUUUCUAUCUUUUUUUCUUAAAUUUUUGAUACGCCCAUAGCUUUUUCACAAUUUUUUUGGUUUUUCUCCGAGCUACAGAACCCUGCGAUGCUGGCGGUCUGUCUCUGUACAUGCGCCUUUAACAUAACGGAAUGUUUGGUAUCAAAAAUAAAAGCGCAUUCGCGGUCUAUUUUAAGACUCGAAACGGCGUUAUGUUAUUGUUCUACUGUGCUCAGGAAUAUAUUCACUAUAAUAAUUGUAUAACAUCAUAUUCUCAAUAUUUCAACCGACUUGCUAAAAAUAAAUGCACAGAGACAGGUCGCGCGCUUCGAAAGGGUUCUGUAGCUCAGAGGAAAAAAAUCUGGUAACAAGAUGGCGCGGAAGGAACUAUAAGAGGGAACUUUCCAGUCGGUUUCGGCGCGAGUUGGAUCUUUGGACAACAGUGGCAGUGGGUUCAGAUCCAGUUCUAGGAUCAGCGGCUCUCUGGAACAAGCUCGUUCGUCUUUCUUCCUCGUCGUCUUCAUCAUCAAAAGCUUGCUUUCAGAAUCACUGCAGAGUUCCACGUCGCGUAACGUCAACAAGAAUCGGCGUGGAACCGUCGACGUGACUUCUUCUUCUUCCCAGAAUCCAACGAUCAUUGGACAAAGCCUCCAAUUGAUAAAUCCGUUCAGGCCGGAGGAUUUUUAUGUCAGAAUCACGGCGAAUCGACGGAGGUGGAUCCAUGUGUUCCCUGUCGAUGAAAAGGCAAGACUUUGGGACAUUUUAAGGGAAUUUAAAACAUUGAAUUUUAAUCUAUACUCUCACCACGACCAUAUUUUUUCUUUAUAAAUAACUCCAAAAAGUUUUUAUUUUUUUUUUUGCAGUCAAUAAUUCAGUCAGUUGUCACUCAAAAGGUCGAUAGAAGUUCAAAAUGAACGAAUGAAGCUUUAGGGAAGAGCAAAACUUGCUCAUCACUACGUCGCCGGAGAAAGUAUCGUCCAUGUACGAGUCGGAGAAGAGCCGCCGCCGACCAAGACUUCCGCCAUUCCGAUCCAACCCAUCGGAGCCUCUUUAGGUUGAUUCGGCUUGGAAAUCAUCGAAAUUCAGAUAGAUUUCCAGCUCAAUCCAUCAUAAAUGCAGAGUCACCAAAUCGGAGGGCCGAAUCGCCGAUCGUCAAUUUCAUUGCCGCUCAUUCGAGCCCGUGCGACCUCAAACCAUUGACGGUAUUGAAUUAUUACUUUUCGAAGUUUUGGCAGUAGGAAACAGCAAAAAAGAUUCAGUACCUUAGUUUAAUAAAACAAAGAAACGAAGAAUAAUGACAGCAGGAAGCUUUGAAUUUCAAAAAAUGAUAAUCAUCGAUCUGACAACGAUAGAAAAAUGAGACACUUUUUCCUCAAAUUCCAUUUUCGAAGAUUCUAACCCUCUUAAGUUCUCGAGUAUCAAAGGUCGUGUCGUCCUAGCGUUUUUUAUUAGAUAAAUCUUUUUCAGAAUGAAGUGAACUUCACUCAAAUUCGGAACUUUCUUUCAAAAACUUUUAUAAAACAUGCAAAAAAAAAAAACGGAACCUGGUUUCCAGAUGCAAGAAGUGAUUGAAAGGACGAGUUCGCGCGAAAAUGUGAUGCAGGAAGAGCUAGAAAGUGAACGGUACAAGAAAAAGACGGUUUGGGCCUGGGGCAGCACCGGAGAGGAGAAAUGGAACCGAGAUCUGGAGAUCGGGACCGAUUGGAAGUCUCUUGUUAGGUCCUGAGUUCUUUCUGUGUUUCGCCUCUGACGAGUCAGAUUCUUGAGUAAAAGAUGAGAGAAAAUUUGAAGGAACUAUAGAAAUGGUCAGAAAACUAGAAGACAGACUUUUUGAAAUUUUCUGGCCGUAUCAAAAUGACUGUAAGCGUUGCGGUUGCGCUGCGGCUCCGGCGAGUAACUUCGAGUUUUUUAAUUUCUGUCAGUGCUGACGAUUUUGAAAUUUUCAGUUUGGCAAAAAAAAACCGCUUCGCAACCGUUUCGCAUUGAGCCAUUCCUCAUGCAGACUCCGGCGAUAUUCCCAUACUUUUCCCAGACAGCCAGAGAUAUUUUUUCAUCGAAAUCGGCUAUAAUGGUUUUUUUUUCUGUCGAAAAUUGCUCUGGAACCUUCUCAAAAACAUUUACAGUUUUCCAACUUUUUCAAAUCUUCAGCUGUUUUCCUUUUAAGAUUUACAGCUGUUUUUGUAUUCCAUCCCGGGCCUAUUUUCAAAAAGAUCAUUUCCAGAUCAGCCCUGCUCCCAAUAACUACGGACUUUUUCCCAGACAGCCAGAGUAUGGACCGGGAAUAUAUGGUCACAGAACACCAGAUCUCUGUUGAGGAUGACAUUGCGGAUAUGGUAGAAAUCCCCUCGAAAAACGAUAUUCUAUCUUACUUUUUCAAAGGAAAUCCUGGCCUCUUUUGGCGGUCGAACUCCUCAAUUGGCUCGAUACGUCUAUGAGCAGUUGAUUUGUCAGAGACUGCAGCGGGGAUUCCAGAUCGUCCUUCUGGACAGACAGCUCGUUCAUGUUUCACUUCUGUUUCUUGAUGAAGCUCAGAACGAAAAGUUCAGGAGUCUAUAAGGAAGUCGGUGCAGUUGAACAAAAGAGACGAGGAGGAAAAAGCCGAGUGCGUCUUGUCGUUCAGCAAGGUAAGAUCAUGAGGAUCGAGAAAAUAAAAAAGAUCUGAAAAUGUCAUAUUUAAAAUUUAGAUUUUUGAUAAUGGUAGCACUUAAAAUUCAGAAAAAAAAACUCAUUGGGGAGAACGUUUGGCCUCACGGAAUGAGUAUUUCUAUGUUUUCAAACUUUAUUAGUUACUGCUGAAACGUAGUUCAAACUAUCAAAAAAACUUUAAUUAAGCUUACGUUUUUUUAUUACCUAAUUUUUUUAAUUCACUUGGAAAUUUGCAAUUUUGAAAAAUAUUUGUGAAUGCGGAAUUAAGAAUUUAAUAUUAUUGUGAUUGAAUAAACGUAUUUUUGAAACGUAAGUCAGUCCAUCAACGAUUUUUCAAGAAAAAAACAUUUUUUUAAUGUCAAAUAAUUACUGGAAGUUGUAUUUAAUUAAAUGAAAAAAAUUUUCAAUGCAUCUCGGGAAGUCUGAGAGCAUAGUAGCUCUGAGAUAUUGAUGGGAUGAAUUAGAUAUUUUUUUGAUUUUUGCCUGAUCGAAUUUUUUUAUCAUCUUACAUUUUUUUAAUUUCUUUUUUUGUUAAUUAAUGAAUAGUUUUUUUAUAUUUUCUACAGGUGAAAAAAAUUUCAUUAAUCGCUCUGACUUGCUGGAGAGAGGUUGAAGAUUUUACGAAAAAAACUUUGAUAGCUUACAAAAAUUAGCAUUACAAAAGAGAACUUUUUUAGUUGAGGAACCAAUCAGAAGCGUUUAAAAAAAAGUCAAAUUUUUUUUAAUCAAAAAUAGCUGAUUGAAUGACUUGCAGUUCUACCACCGCAUCGUCCUGUACGCCAAGGACAUUUUCGUGACGAUGUUCCAGCCGAAGCCGAAGAAGCAGCAGUCGAUGGCGCUCCGGGGUCUGGCCCCGGUCUACCAGUCGCAGAUGGACUGGCCGAUGAUGUCGACGACCCAUCCGGACUGGAUGAUCCGUCCCUCGCAGCACGGCUCCACCCUCUUCCCGACCCCUUCGGCCAACGCCUACGACGACGAGCUCAACUCUUGUCAUUUCAACACUCUCUACACCUACUUCUUCCAGGUUUCAGCAUUUGCGUUGGAAUAUAAUUGAAAAUUCAGGCUGCUCAGAAGAAUUAUUGUUUUUGUUCAUUUCUAAGUACUUGAUUUAUAUUGAAACGGUCUCCGGGGGUGUGCAAUAAAGGGAAAAAUUAUUUUCCGUCAUUUUCCUGGAAAUACUUAGAACGCCGGAGUGGUUCCUAAAGAAAAAAAAUUUUAAAAGUUUUGGUGGUCCUUAUAGGGGAGGCCGAGUGGUCACUAGAGGGGUCUUCCAAGGGCUUCUGAGGUUGCACCUAUAGGGAAAACUUCGAAGUUCCCAAGGAGAGAAGGCCUUAAGCUCACUACUAACUCAUUAUUUUCGUCUUUCUCUGUUUGUAAAAAGAUUCAGAUAAGGAAGAACAGAUUCAAGGGUAAAAGACCAAUCGAAGUCAUUUUCGAGUUUCAGGAAAAUCGCGAAAAAUACUUUAAUAAAGAAAUAAAAAAUAAAAACACUUCAUUGCACACAGCCUCUGGCUUGUCUGUGCUCUCUUGUUCUCUCACAUGGCAAGUCCUUUUUGGGUAGGCUUAUGAUGUUUCAUAAUGUUCUCAAAAACGUCUUAAGAGUCUAGAAAUCACUUCCCCCUAGUGGCUAAUUUCCCAAAACCAUCUUCGGAGAUGUGAGAUUACAAAAUACUGUUUGCAGGUCUAAUUUUGUGCCAAAGGCAUAAUUUGAAUAUUAAUAUCUGUAAAUCUGGACCUUUGCAAAUUUCAAAAAGUCGAUUAAUUGAUCAUUAAGGAUUUUCUGGGAGAUAUUUAAAAAAAAUCAACCCCUCACGAAAAUAACCUUUCUUGUAGCGACUAGUCUUCUUUCCGACCGUUUAGGUGAGAUACAAGGAGGCGCAAACAUGGUUUCAAGUCAUUUCGACGAAUGUAUAAGAAUUUUAAUCAUGUCAAAACGGAUAGACUGAUUUUUCCAAAAUUCUUUUCUUAACUUUUAACCAAAGUUUUUGUUGAGGUCCCGGAUGCGGAAGGUUAUGAGAAAAGCAGGACGAGGUUCGUUCAAUUAAAGAUGAAGGGACUAGAAAUUUUCCCUUCAGACUGAAGCACCAUAACUUGGACAAGUUGAACUGGAGUUUGAUGGAUAUCAAUUUGAAGUAUCGGAAUCAGUCGCUUAUGUUCUGCGACGAGAUGAAAUGCUUUUCGGCCAGGUGGGAUUGAAAGGAACUUUGAAAGAGUGCUUAGAAAAACCGAUUUUUAAAUUUUUAAGUGAGAAAUUUUUUUUUAGUACUUUUUUGGACGGUACUGUACCUGAUUGAUUCAGGUACAUGCUCGUGUCCCAAGAAGCCAAAGCCGAAUGUCUACGAGCCGGAGGAAAACCCAAGGAAAAGCUUCCUUGCGGACUCGACGCCGACGAAGCUUAUUUGGAAUCGUUCCAGAAGCUUCUGAUGCACAUGAACCGUCUUUUCUAUCCCGGAAACAGCGUUCAUUCUCCCAUUUCGCCGCUUCAAAACCAGCCUUUCUCUCCGCCGGCAAAAAUCCCCAUGGAUGAUCUCCCUGUAUCUCAUUUAUUCAAUACCAUGAAAGUCGUUGCUUUUUUGAGGUUCUGAGCAAGUUCCAAGGAACCAAUCUCGUAGGUCUCUCGACCGGCGACAGCGGAUCUCCCGCCAAAUAUCCUCCCAAGAUGUUCACCUCCUACGAUUUCGUCAAUUGGCUCGAUAGUGAGAUUUUCUUCACUUGCUCGAAAAUUCGGCAAAGUUGGGGGAAAAUAAAUCCUAUGAAAAACGUGACCAAAAAAAAUUUUUUCUUGCAACUAAUCUUUUUUUUACCAUAGCGCGCAUCUGUGCUACAAGAACCGCCUCCUAUCUUGGCCGAUUUCAAUUCAAAGUUUUUCCAAGCUUAUUUUUUUCUCAAAUUUUUAGCUUAAACAAAAAGUUUUGAAUCAAUUUCUUUCUUUUUUUGUUUCUGAGGAUAGAAACUCGGUUUUUUUACCCAUAUAGAAACUGUUUUUAGGUGAAAGUUUAAAAAAAUUCAGUUAUUCUAAAUUUUCAUCUUUUUCUUUCAAAGAGAAGAAAAAAAUUGAAAAAUUAGAACUUUCCUGACUUUUUGAGUUUUUAUUUUCAAAAGAAGAAGCGUUGUUCUCAAAGAAUUCAAAAAUAAAAAAUCUUACUAUUUAUUUUUUGAAUAUUCUCCACUUUUCUUUUCCUUUAGUGGAAAGUUAAGUUACAUUUUGAAAGUUUACUUUUUUCCAGCAAACGUAGAUGGAGUGACGUCACGAGUCUCUGCGCUGGCCUACGCCAAUCAUUUUCUCAAAUCCGACCUCAUUCGCAUUGUUCGAUUUGGUAAUAUUAUCCUAAAAAUCAACCAAAAUCAUAAAUUUCCAGCCGAAAAGUGCGACGACGCAGAUUCUUGUCCUUCUGACGAUAACGAAUCUCCAACGGUGUUUUACGGGUUCCAGUUGUGUUAUAUUGUCGACAAAUCUAAGCCAAACAAAGCUGAAUUUUCAAAGUUUCCAUGAAUAUACAUUUUUUUAAUAUAUUUUUUUGUUUGAAGGUUCAUGAGCGUCGAGUUUGUUGGAGAGGGUUGCAAAUCCGCGAAUGAAUGCACCUUUGUGGAAAGGAAUGUCGAUAUAGAUUUUCCGACCGAUCGAGAAGCUUAUCCUUUGGGCGAAUGGGGAAGGGUAGGCGCUAACUUUUUUUUUGUUGUAAAUUUAGGCUUCAAAAAUGUUUCUUAGGAGUUUUUUUAUUAACUAUUUCAAUGAGAGAAAGAAAAAGCGGCUUCGAAAAAAAGACUGUUUCAUUUCCAUUUAAAGAGCACAAUUUUCAUCCCAUAUUUGUUCCGUUUCUCCUAUAAGCAUAUUUUCUCGGGCAUGGGUAACACGAAACGGACGUGUCGCGGCAUUUCUAGUUACCACUUGAAUAGUUUUAAAACUCUUAAGUGAUCCCUAGAAAUGCUCAGAAUGCUCCGGCUUUCGUUACCGACUUGGAAGAAAUAACCCAGGACAAGAAAUUAUAUUACGCUCCAUGGAUAAAAUCCGCGAAAUUUUAGUUUGAAAUUUUUUCGUUAUAUAAUCCUUAUUUGGCCAAGACUUUAUUUUUUGAUAUUCGGCAUAAUUUUCCAGAUAAUAACCUUAUUAAAAGCUUUCGCAUAAGGUUUCCAUGCAGCUCAGUAAAUAGAUUAUUUUCGGCCAAUAAUAACUUAUUAGGCUCUUAUUUAUAUAAUGUGAUUUUAUCUUUCCAGAAGCUUCAUUCUGUUAUUUUAGUCUCGUUUUUUAUACCCGAAAAUAAAUUAAAGAUUUUCCCAGGUCGUAUAUGAAGGUUCCUUCGCGGAAUGUAAAGCUUUCGAGUUCAACGUCAAAUGGUUCAUGGCGACUGGCCAAACCGUGGCUGAAAACAUUGCCAGUUGGUAUUCCAAGGUUCGUCAAUAAAGGUGGAAAUACUUAAUACCCACAGAAAAUCAAAAAAGUCCAACAAAAAAUCAAAAGUUUGAAGAAUUUUCAAAGCUUCCCUCUCUAUUUUUUUUAAAAUCUAUUGAAGAGGUUUUUGUUAGAACUCUGAGUUAAAAUUAUUUUCUAGGCUCUCAAGCUCAAAUUUUCGCUGUUCGCCGUGCCUGAAGAUCCGUUCGCUCUCGCACAAGACACUCUUUCGAAUCCUCUGAGGUGUCCAAUCAGAAUCAACGUUUGCGAGAACGUUUUGAACAAGGAUACGGUCUAAAACUUCUGAUAAUCUGAUAUAUUCCAAUAGGAAGCCGCCGCUUUGCAAUAUAUGCUUCUGACGUUGGAUUUCAUCGAAAUGGGCUGUCACUCCCAUUCGAGCGAUCAUCCGACUAUCAGUUCUCGUAUGGCUAAAUCCAUUUUUGAAGAUUCAAUAGAAGUUUUAAGCCUCGAGCAAAACGAACGCGUACAUUCACAAGGCGGGCGGAAUGUUUGUGCUUCUCGUGACGAAUAAAGAAGAACCGCCUUUCUUUUUUUGGGCCUGGAACUUCAUGCUCAGCAACAAAUAUCGGGGGUCAGUUCAACUAGAAACUUCCCUAAAUUCAAGGAAUUAGAUUUUUUUUACUUUGCUUCAAAACAAAAAAUAGGUGAUAAUCGUAGAAAAGUGUUUAAAAAAAUGAAAAACGAAAAAAAUCAGAGAAUUUUUUCGAUUCAUUUCAUUGGGAAUGAGAUGAUCAAAAAAAACACGCACAAUUUCUUUGGUUUUCAUUCUCCAGUAACCUCAAGCUGAAAUUUUCUAAUGACUCUCCUGAUACAUUUCUAACAUUCGCUUUUUAGUCAAUGUACGGAGGAGUUUUUGGAUGCUCAGUUGUCGGCUUUUCGAAGCGCUUGCAACGAUGCCGACCGUCUCAGGGAUUUCCAAACCAAAGUUUUAGAGAGUCGGUCUGGAAAGCCGACCAAAGGAAAGUAA